GCGGCCGGCGGUUUUGGUGACAUGUACACGUUCGUGAAUAGGGACGAGAGCAGCAGCGUGUACGGCGCCGUUGCCGAGCUGCUGGUGGCUCGGGGAGACUGGCGAUGUCUGCCGAGGGACUCGGCGCGGUUCCACCUCAUGCUCGGCGAGAGGAACAAGCUGCCGUUCGGACGGCUCGGUGAGCGCGGCCACGAGCCAGGUCUUGUCCAGCUGGUGAACUACUACCGAGGAUCAGGGAGCAUCUGUAGGAAGACUUCCAUGGUCAAGACUGUUCAGAGUGCCAGCUCUGCUGAAGGGUCAGACCCAUUCCGGUGGAUGCCACUGUCUUUCAUCGUCUGCCCCACCAGAUUCCUCGCUGAGAAUGAUGAGAAGGCAGCCAGGGGCAGGCUAGGGUUGAAGCCGAGGCGGAAGGACGAGAGAAGCGAGUUCCGUACUGCAGCUUCCGAUGGAAAGGGUGGUGUCUGGAUCGCCAAGGCAUCUGCUGGUGCUAAAGGUGAGGAUAUCCUGAUCUCUUCAGACUGUGAGUCGCUGCUGGAGUUUGUAGACAGAGGCAAGCAAUCUCACGUCAUACAGAAAUACAUCGAAGAUCCACUGCUGCUCACAGGCAACAGGAAGUUUGACAUGAGGAUGUGGGUUUUACUUGAUCACCAGUACAGCAUCUGGAUGUUCAAGCAGGGAGUUCUGAGAACGUCGUCUGACCCUUACAACCCUGGAGACCUUCAGGACUUGACAAGCCACCUAACCAAUCACUGCUUACAGGAAGCCCACUCUGCAAACUAUGGAAAAUAUGAGGAAGGCAACGAGAUGUUCUUCCCAGAGUUCAACAGGUUUCUUGAGACUGAACACAGCACCACCUUGGACUCUGCAGUUCUUCCCCAAGUCAGAACUGUCAUUAGACACUGCUUAGAGGCUAUCAGGGAGAGCAUCAGUACAUCAGGCCUGGACUACUGCAGCUUCCAGCUGUUCGGGUUUGACUUCAUGCUGGACACUCAGCUGAAGGUCUGGCUUAUUGAGGUGAAUGGAGCUCCGGCCUGCGCCAGGAAGCUUCUUCCUGACCUUGCUGCUGGCAUUGUAGACAUUGCAAUCAGCCCCCUGUUCCCCCCCACUGCUGAUGAAGAAGUGGGGAAGUCUGGUACAGCAGGGAAUAUCAGGGAUGCCUUCGAGAAGUUGUGACGUGCCUCGGUCUGGGAGGUCGUAUUAAACCGCGAAAAACAUAUCAGCUAGCAAACUGUGCCUGGUACAAUAGGCAAGUUGGAUGAUACACAUACCAGUACUAUUGUUCAAAAGGGAAAGAUGGAUAAAAUGUACACAAACUAUUGUGGUUGGGGGAAGGAUCCGCUGCACCUACAAACUUACAUCAUCUAUGAAAACUAGCCUGCACCUGGCCUCCAAGCUUGAAAAGUUAAGAUAGAAGUUAGAUACAGAAUAUACUGUAAGCUGUGAACCUGCUUGGACUGAAGUUCACAUACAUAUCCAAUCAGAGAAGUGUUAAGGCUCAUGAUGAAAAAGAAACAAUCCAGGAACCCUUGCUGUAGAAUAGGAUGGAAAACUGACAAUCUCUAUUGUUGUAAUAACUGACUAGUGCCUUGGCUGUACAUAAAAGUAACUUUUGUGUGUUUUAAUUAUUAACUUUUUGUGUAUAAAAUUAAGUCUUUCUUCUGAGCAAAGUAUCAGUGAAUGUUCUUAAGAGUCUGAAGCAAGCAUAUUUAUGAGUUUCAAUUUGGUGUGAAGUUGUUUGAUCAAAACUUACUAUAUUUUAUAUGCACAGAUUGUUUAUUAUUAUUUCAUGAAAUGAGUAUGCUAAGUUAUCCAGUUAAGUGAAAGUACAAAAUUUAUUAUUGCAGUUUGAUUACUUGCAGGUUUCCAGACUUGCACUCUGCCAGG